CAUUUCCUUAGCCUCUGCUCUCUGGCUUCGGGCUCUGACUACAGUGUGAGGGCGGCACUCGCUUUCAGUAUUUCUGUCUGGAUCCUUGAGAUAGUGGCUCCUUUAUCUCUCCCUCCCCUCACCUCCCCUUCUUCCUCCCCCACCCCCCGCCCCACUUCAGCUGUACGCAAAACCCCGGUUCCCCGGUUGUUUAGAACCCGGGGGGCAUUGACGUCAAGCGUUGGAGAAGCGCUGCCGACAGACAGGUGACCCAGCCCCUCCGCCCCAGCCCCCCUUCCUUUUCCUGCCUCCCUCCCGCACAUUGGAGUCAGAGAUUUUGUAUAAAAUCCGAGGGUCCAUAAAGUGUUCAGGACUUCAGCACCAUGGAGAGCUCCCGCCUGAGGCAGCUACCCUUACUGGGUAUCACUUUGUUGCUGCUCUUUCUGGGAGCCAGCAGCCAAGAGGAUUCCGGUCUGCAGCCUAGAGCCUUGGAUAUCUACUCCACAGUGGAGGAUACCUCUCAUGAAAAGGAACUGAUAGGAGCUUUGCAGGAAGUCCUGAAGAAGCUGAAAAGUAAACGCAUCCGGAUCUACGAGAAAAAGUAUGGCCAGGUCCCUAAGUGUGAUGCUGGAGAGCAAUGUGCAAUAAGGAAAGGAGCCAGAAUUGGGAAACUCUGUGAUUGUCCUAGAGGAACUUCCUGCAAUUCCUUUCUUCUGAAGUGCUUAUAAAGAAGCUUCCCAGUCACUUAUUUUCCCCACUCUUCCACAAACGGAACACACAUUUAUCUCUUGUGUUUCUUUGCAGAAUCACACUAAGCCUGCAGUCUCACCUGAAGACAGUGAAACUUUUUUCUUGCAAUUUAUAGUUAUGAGAAUAUAGUAGGAAUUAUUGUGUUGAAAGAUAAACAAUGUAGGGUGUUGAAACAUCUGUAUUCUCUCUCCAUUUCAUUUUAUUUACCUGUCCAACUCAUGUGUAUCUGAGUAUAAAAAAGCUCAACUUACCUUUGCAAAUUGUAUUUUUGUAAGUAGAGUGUCCUAAGGAAAAUUAGAUCCAGGCAAUUUAAGUAGAUAAUAUCAUAAUCCAGAAAAAUCAUCCCCCACAAAAAACUAAUGCAGCAUGUAUAAAUUACACAUAAUAAAGUGUUUUUGAUAAUU